AAAAAAAAAAAACAAUAAACACCAAGCUAACACCCAAACCGAUGUAUGGGGUUACACCAUCACCGCCAACCGGAGAUCUGUGUUUAUGUACUCCAGUUAACAAUAAUAAUAAUAAUAAUAUUUAUUUGGCAAAGUAAAAGUACAAUCUUGCCAGGAGCAAGGAAUAGGCACGAGCCCAAACAGUAAACUGCCCUUGCUCCGUCAUCAAAAUUUUAGUACUUUAAAAAAAAAAGGUACUAAAUUUGUAAAAACAAGGAAUAUUCAAGAUAAAAAAUGAACAACAGAAAUGUAUCUUGCAAUCAAGUAUUUAGUUAGUUCAGCUUUGAAAUCAGAAAUGGUUGAGGAUUGCUGAAUUUGUACUGGAAGUUGUUCCCAAAGUCUUGGAAAAAUUACAAAAGAGGAAUUUAAAAAGGUAUUGGUUUCGUCCUUCCAAUGUAUCAAACGCCCAUCACACCUAUCACUUGAUCUAACAAAAUCAUUAAAGGAAGCAUCCUAACCUGGACCAAACAGCACUAACUAGUGCAGAAAAACAGAAAAUUUAAAAAAAAAAAAGAUAAAAAUGUAGUUAUAAAGAGGCAAAUAGAAAAGUUUUGAGUCGCUUCUUGAUGUCAGUUUUGUUCAAUUAAAAUUUUAUUUGAUUAAUUACUAUUACUAUUGAUGGCCACGUAUGGGUGCUCAACAGGCAUGGUAUGAAAUAAUUUAAAAGGGUGUAAUUUCAGCCAAAACCCAACAAGCUCAAUCAAUACACCAUUAUUGUUAUUAAUACUACUACUACUAUCGUUAUCAUCAUUACUAUAUAUUAUUAUUACUAUUAGUUUCACUAAAAUUAUUAUUCUUAUCUUUGAAAUUAAUAUUAAAAUAAAUAUUAUUAAAUAUAUUUAUUAAGUUACAAGAAAAAUAAGAAGACAGACCAUACUAUAACAACAGUGAAAAAGGAUACACCUAUUUACUAUGCCAAUGAGAAUGUUGUAAUGAGCCAAGCAGGUGAAGUAACAUACGAGACACUGAAAAAAACUGAAGAUGAAUCAUACGAACAACUAACUUACAAUCAACCUGAUUCUGAUUCCUCUACGGAAAAGGCAUUGGACUGCACGUAUGAGAAUUUACCACCUUCGAGUCAAGAGAAAGUGGUCGAGAAUGCACACCAUGUGAGACCCAAACACCAAGUGGUUACGAGUCUCAGUAAACCUAAGAAAUCAAAGCAUACGAUAACAAAACUGAAUACACCUAUCACCUGUGUCAAUUUGAGUAAUGCAGUGAGCAAGGCAGACGAAUCAGCUUAUGAGACACCUAUACCAACUGUACAAAAUUCGUACGAACAACUAACUUACAAACAACCUGCUUGUGAAACAUCUACGGAAAACAACAGGAGUCUUACAUGGGAGCUGGGUGCGACACGUUUGCUCAUGGAUUGGGUGGUAUUAACAAAUCUAAAGAAUAUAAACCGCAGCAAUCGUAUCAAUUUUAAAAGAGCCCAGAACAUUAAUAUUUCUGAGUGCUCUGGUCCAGUCUCUGUGGAGUAG